AUGGCUCGCGUGGUCGUACUGCUUUUACUGGUCAUUGCAGCGAACGAAGAUUGCUGCGGUGGUCAGACAUUGGAACCGGAACCGGAGUACGACCCAUUCUACCUGCCGCCACUGAAGAGCUACAGCAGUCCUGACAUGAUGCCCAAUGUAGCUAGCAGGCAGGAGGUCGUGUAUCCGCCCGUUCUACCACUGCUCGUUAAACGAUCGGCAGAGGAAGAGACUGAGGGCUACGAGAGCGAAGCUGUGGAGGCGGACGACUCGCUACUGGCGCACUCUCGCUUUAAGAGGGUGGGUCCCCCAUCCGGAAAUGGUCCCGCAUCCGAACAUGGCAGAGUUCCCGGAUCCGAGUGUCCGUUCUUCGCAAGCGAAAUGGAGAAGAAUGCCGUGCGCGACAAGAUGCGAGAGCUGCAAGAUCACACGGUGAAACGACGCGGCAAGCCGGCGGUGAAACCAUGGGACAAGGGCUGCCCGACGUUCCAGAAGGAUCUGUUGCUCACGCUAGAUCAGAUGAGACGGUCGUUGACGAGGUGA